AUCUCCCACACCUCAGCAGUGAUCUCGGUCCAGAUCCCUCACCCCUUCAGUAAGAUGUACAUCCUGGUUCUCUACAACAACAGCUUCUUCACUGACAUAAAGAACCUGAAGAAUCACAAGGAAGACUUUGAACUGAGCAACAUGAAAGCCCACACGGACUACACCUACUGCGUCGUGUCCAUAAGACACCAGCUUCGUUAUAACCACACCUGUCUGUCCAUCUCCACCGGGAGGAAGGCAGGUCUGGAGAGGACCUCCAACGACUCCUCUGCUACCCACUACAUCAUGACUAUACUGGGCAGUCUCUUCAGCAUGGUCCUCAUACUGGGUUUCGUGUUCCACUGCCUGAGGAAGAAGAGGCAGCGAGACGAGAAGAACAAGAAGAUUGGAAAGAUACAGAAGAGCCUGAUGGAGCUGAAAUACGGAGCUGACCUGGAGGGUGGUGGAGGAACAGGAGGAGGGGGGUCCAUCUCUCAGCUAUCCCAGAAACAGAUGCUUUCGGCUGGGGAGAGUCUCACGCGGAUGCCCUACCUUCCCCAGGGUGGGACCUGUGAGAUGGACCAGUACAAGCUACAGGAGAUCAUUGACACUCCAAAGGCAGCGAAAGGGAACUAUAUCGAAGUGCGAGGAACUGUGGGAGACCUGCCGGACCGGAGGGAGAGAGGUUCAGUAGCAGAGAUCUCCACCAUCGCCUCAGAGGUGGACAAGGUGAACCAGAUCAUCAACAACUGUAUUGACGUCCUCAAGUCUGAGUCGACGUCGUUCCAGGGGGUCAAGUCAGGCUCUGUGUCGACCGCUGAACCCCAACUAGAGCUGAUCUCAGACCAGCCACAGAGACAGUCAGGGUUCCUGUCACCGCAGUAUAAAGGAGGUUACCACCACCCUCUCCAGAGACACCACAGUAUGGAAGCUCCAUCCAAACGACCUUCGACCUCGUCCAGUGGAUCCGUCCGCUCCCCGCGCACCUCCCGCUCCGACGGGUCGCACCGGGGAACCUCUGACACCAAGUACAUGGAGAAGACCUCGCCGACCGGAACCAGCGGAGACACCGCCGGGACGCCCGCCGCUGCCAUCUUACGGGCAGAGGCCCAGAAGGUCCGUCAGUACAAGGAGCAGCGCCACUCGUACCCGGGCCCCCAGCGCCCCCUCCCUGACUCUGAGGAGCUAGAGGAGCUGAGUAGCAGGAAACCCUCUUCCAUCCUGGAUCCCCUCACCCUGGGGAGGCACUCCAGAGAGCUAGCCUACGCCCAGCUGUCCCCGCAGUACCACAACCUGAGCUACGAGUCCAGCCCUGAGUCCUCCUGCACCCCGUCGCUCGGCAUCUGGGAGAGGUUCAAACUCCACCGGAAGAGACACAGAGACCAGGACUACGAGGAGGAAUACAUGGCGGCGGGACACGCACUGCGGAGGAGUUUACAGGUCGCCAAGGACGAGGAUCUGCACGACAUACUGGACUAUUGGAAAGGUGUCUCGGCACAGCAGAAGUCGUGAAGGGGCUGGUGUCGUGUGAUGUGACGAGGCCCUGUCGCUACUUAGUUGGGCGUGGAGGAGGACGGAGGUCGGAGGUCGUACGGAGACUAAGGGCUCUCUAUUCCACCUGGAAAGAUGAAGCGUUACAGAUUCCGCAUCUACACACACACACACACACACACACACACACACACACACACACACACACACACACACACACACACACACACACACACACACACACACACACACACACACACACACACACACACACACACACACACACCUCUCUCUCUGCUUUUUAAAAACAUGGACCAAAAUGAAAUUAAAACGAUUUUAAAAACAACAAAUGAAGAACUUGAUUCAAAAUCAUUUUUUUUAACAGAAGAUCCCGAGAUAUGACGACUAUUUCUCCCAGACUUCUCUGUAGCUGUUUCUACUAAAACGAGGUUUUUGGAUGAACCCAAAAAAGAAACACAACAAACACACGAUAUUAUAUGGACUGGUAUUCUCAGGAGUGUGAGUACGCUACAGUGUAUGUGCCAAAUCAACAAGGGUCGCAAAUAGCACCUUCUUUCCUAGAAAGUAGUACACUGUAUACUGUAGCUCAGUUGGUAGAGCAUGGCGCUUGUAACGCCAGGGUAGUGGGUUCGAUCCCCGGGACCACCCAUACGUAGAAUGUAUGCACACAUGACUGUAAGUCGCUUUGGAUAAAAGCGUCUGCUAAAUGGCAUAUAUAUAUAUUGAAUACAGUGUGAUUUGGGACACAGACCGAGGAGAACCGUUGAAACACUGUACAAACCUCUCUCCGGCCUCGUUGCUCUUUUAGACAUAUUAAAACAAGUUAGAAUAAGAUGUGAUUCCUACUAUUAUUAUUGUUAUUGAUAUUAUCAGUUCUAUUACUUCAAUAUCGCAUGGCAACAUCCUGUGACAGUGACUAUUGUUGUGACUUUUCGAGAAAGAAGAAACUCAAAAUGGCCGACGCACAACCUCGUUAUAAAAUGUCCGCCUCUGAACAACCUCGACGAAGACAGACAUUUGUGAUCUCUUCUUCUUCUUCUUUUUUCUUACCAGAGGACUCUUUCUCUCUUCCUUAAGGAACACUAUUUUCCUCUACUAACAGACUCUUUUUCUGAAACGUUCCUUGAUGUAUUACAGAGGGGACAUUUAUUGUGAACUUACAAGAAGGGGGGGGUGAUCUUGUUCAGAAGAAAGAGAAAAAGCUCUAUAUUUGCAUAAAAAUAUGUCUUGUUAGUUAGUUAGCUAGUUAGUGUGUUUCUACCGAGGGGAUUUGAAAACCUUCUUUGAGACUUUGAGAGACCAGCUCCAAACUGACCUGCAGUACGUUUUUGAUUUUGAAAUCCUACCGAUCUCUAAUGAAUGUCUUCAAGUCCCUAACGAGGAUGAUUACUGCACUGUUCAAAAUCAGAAAACGUCUCGUAACUCUGAAAACACUGUAGCCUACAACUCCCACAUUUAUUUAUUCAUUUUUUACCCACAAUUCCUCUGUCCCUUCCUUGUCCCUCCCUCAAAUCCCUGUAGUUCCUCCCUCCCAGUCCCAUUCCUCAGUUGAGUUUUAGUUUGCCAAAUCACAACUCAAACGGCACAAAAAGGACCGACCGGCCGACUGUCAUCGAAUCUCCCCGUACCUCAACCCAAUCCGUUCUAUGACCAAAGUGCUGUGGUAGCAACAGUUCCCAGACGUCCUUCUAGCCCAGUCUGUCCCCAUAUACCCUGGCUGGGUCUCAGAUGACAGCCUGUUUCCUAUAUAUGGUCACAACAACCUUUUCAUUUGUUGCUUUUGGUUGCUGCUUUUUAUUUAUUUACUUCUUUUUUUAACCAUUUUUGUAGCAGCCCUCGGUUUCCACGGAUACAGCUCUUGGUUUCCAUGGAUACUAGGACACAGGAAGUGGAAUCACGUGCACUAUAUAGGGAACAGGGUGCCAUACGGGGCCAUAUCUACAGACCUACAGGAGAUGAAUGUACUUCUUUACAUCAUUAAAACUAAACGGCAGCUGAUACUGCUGACAGAUACGUUUUUCUGUUUCUCUCUGUCUCUGUCUGUUUCUCUCUCUCUCUGUUUCUCUCUCUCUCUGUCUCUCUCUGUUUCUCUCUCUCU